AUGUCAGAAAACGUCCCUCACGUCAGGAACCUCAGGGAAGUGGGGCACGUGUCGGACUCCGGCGCACGUCCUGCUUGGGCCAUAGCGUUGCUGGCCAGCGUGCUGAUCUUCACCACUGUAGUCGACGUGUUGGGGAAUUUGCUGGUCAUCAUUUCUGUUUUCCGGAAUCGUAAACUGAGAAAUGUUGGUAAUAUUUUUGUGGUUAGCCUGGCCGUUGCUGACUUGGUGGUGGCUUUCUACCCAUAUCCAUUGGUUUUGUAUGCACUGUUCCAUGAUGGGUGGUCACUGGGGGACACUCAAUGCCAAGUGAGUGGUUUCCUAAUGGGCCUGAGUGUAAUCGGCUCAGUGUUUAACAUUACAGGCAUUGCUAUCAACCGCUAUUGCUACAUUUGCCACAGCUUUGCCUAUGGGCGCCUGUACAGCUUCCGUAACACACUGCUACUGGUGGCACUCAUCUGGAUGCUGACUCUGCUGGCCAUCCUCCCCAACUUCUUUGUAGGCUCGUUGAGCUAUGACCCCAGGGUCUACUCAUGCACAUUCACACAGACAGUCAGCAGCUCAUACACAGUGGUAGUGGUUGUGGUGCAUUUCCUUAUACCCAUUGCGGUGGUGACCUUCUGCUACCUCCGCAUCUGGGUGCUGGUCAUCCAGGUCCGGCGCAAAGUGAAGAAGACCGGGCAUAGCACGGUGCGACGCAGUGACCUGAGAAACUUUGUCACCAUGUUUGUGGUGUUUGUGCUGUUUGCUAUCUGUUGGGCACCACUGAAUCUUAUUGGCCUGCUGGUGGCCAUUGAUCCAGAAGUAAUGGCCCCUCGCAUCCCUGAAUGGCUAUUUGUGGUCAGCUACUUUAUGGCCUACUUCAACAGCUGCCUCAAUGCCAUCAUCUAUGGGCUUCUCAACCGGAAUUUUCGUAAGGAGUACAAGCGUAUUGUAACAUCUGUGUGGAUUCCAAGGCGAUUUGUAUCAGAGACAUCCAGAGCUGUCACAGAUGGCAUGCGAAGCAAACCCUCACCAGUCCUUAACAUUGAGUGA